AAUUUUGUAUAUUUUAAAUAUACAAUUCACCUUAUAGAUGAUUCACCUUUACCAGGGAUAUCAAAGGUUACCCGAACCCCAGAACUUUUUACGACACAAAACUCAAAACCUGACCUGACUUUUUCCCUGUUUAAUCCCCUAACUGACCCAACCCACCUUUUUUCCCCAAACUGACUUGACCCGCCCGACCCGACUUUUCUUUUCAAUCCGUGACAUCCCUAUUAUGCUUAAAUUUCAUUGAAUUAGUAAAUUAGACUCCCCUCUCCUCCUAUUUAUUUUUAAAUUAAUUUUUAUCAAUAUUUUUUUUUGUUUUUAGCGCGAGACUUUUUAAACCAUUUUCUUCUUUCUUCAAACAAUUUUCUAUUUCAAUUAUAUAUUAAUAAAUUUAUUUUUAUGUGCACUUUUCGACCUUGUGUUUAUAUUUCCUUCUUUUUUCCACACACCUUUUACGCGGGGUUUUCUUCAUUCUUUCUUUUAAACCCAAAACAACCAAAAACAAUAAGUAAAAGACAAAAUUUCGCGCAGCAGAAAUUUCAUUAGAAAGAAGAAUAGCGCUGCUAUUUUAUAACCUUUUUUUCUCAAUCACACCUUUUAUUUUUAGGUAUUUUAAUUUUUUUUAUUUUUAUGGGGGGGGGAGCUCUCUCCCCAAUUUAUUUUUUAUUUAAUUGAAAUUUUAAGUCAAAAUUUUUGAUACUUUUUCCGUUAGUUGCCCACACACAAUUUUUUUCCAGCGACGAUUUAUUUGGGCGCCUAAUUUUGUCCAGAAUCUUUGGAGCUGAUUCUUGGUCCUCUGGUUUUAAUAAAUAGAGGGACUUGGGCUGGUCACUUGUUAAGUGCCUUCAAGAACGGGUUUGUGAACUCUUUUUAAUGCAAGAUUAUAAUACUAAAAAAAUAAGCAACAAUAACAACAACAACAGCUGUCCAAUUUCUUCACCCCCUCCAUUUUUUCGUUCCCCAACUUUUCUUAAUGAACGAAUACCUCAAGCACUUUUUAGCAAUGGUACAAAAGGUUUAUUACCCACAAACAAUCGUUUAAGUGAUAGUGGCGGAAGAAGGGAAGGAGGUGGAGGUGGAGGAAGUGCUGUGGGUGGUGUGGGGGUCACCGGAAAUGGCGGCAGCGGAAGCGUUGUUCGAAACAUUCCUAUUCGUGUGUUGGAUACUCCCGAUAAUUUAUCAUCAAAGGUUUAA